GUGGCGUGGCGCGGCGAGGCGCGGCUCCCGGAGGACUCCGGGGUCCGGGUGCUGCUGUGCCGCCUGGCGUGCAACGGGCUGCUGCGUCCGGAGCAGCGCCACGGAGAUCUGCUCCAGCAACGUCCUGACGGCGAUCCAGACAGCGUGGAGCCCGAGCUAGGGCCCGUCACCAUGGAGAGCCAUGGAGCCGUGAGGGUCGACUGGGACCGCGAAGCAACCGCCGUGGGUGGCGUGGCCGUGGCUCGCAAGAGGCAGCGCCAAUUCUUUCGGAGCGCGGACGACCAGUCGUCGUCGCGACCAGCGGUUUCCUUCCUUGAUAUCACAUGCAUCAGCUCCAGAGUGGACGUCAAGGCCAUGACUGCUCUCUUGAAGGGAGGAAGUCUUGAGCAGGCGCACUCCUUGGUGGGGCUCCAGUGCAACGUGGCCCCAGCUUGGAGCCAGAAGGUGCUGGAGCUGACGGCGCCCCACUUGAAGGGUCUGCAGGCGGUGUCGCCCUUGCAGAGGCACCUGGACAGAAUCCUGGUGAUGCCCCACCUGCAGGCCUUGUGCCUGACCAACGUGACCGGGCAGCAGGCUAGACAGGUGUCCCAGAUGGCGUCGCUGCGACGGCUGGAGCUGCACUGCCCCCUGGACGCCCCACUGCCGGAGCUGCUGCUGCCGCGCGCGGUGCCCCCCGCGGGGCUGCGGUGGCUGCGCUGCGGCGUGGAGCCCCUGGUGACGGCGCUGGCCCUGGUGCAGGCCCACGCCAGCACACUGGAAGAGUUGCAGCUGGUGACAGCCUCCGUGGACCCCGCGGGCUGCCCCGACCUGGUGACGGAGCUCAAGCGCUGCAGUCUCAAGAACCUUCAUCGUGUCGUGCUGCUGAGGCACACUGCCUACGGCGAGCAGUGCCGCCACGACCACCCCUCCUGCAAAGACCAGCUGCAGCGACUGUGGCUCAUGUUUGGCGAAAGCGACUUGUUUGCAGACAUACUGUGCAGCGAAUGCGACAAGGCCGAAUUGUCCAAGUCUGGGCCUUGAUCAAGUUUGUCUUAUUGUUUUGUCAUGUUAUUAUCUUAAUCUUUCGAUUGGAAACGGGACCGAUAUGUCUCCGUGAAUGUUACAAGGCCGAGCUGUCGAAGUUUCGGUCUUGAUCGAGGCUCCUCUAUGAUUCUAUUCAGAUAUGUUCUGAUAUGCAAUAAUUUUGAUUUCCUGCCUAUUUAUUUGUGUAUUAAAGACCGGGGUUCUAAUCUACAGGGGUCUCGGUUGAGGUUAUAAAAUUAUUUUCUUCUGUCGUUGACUUCUUUAUUCGAUUGAAACGACACUAAUACGUUUAACAUGUUUGAUAUACCUUAUUUAUUAAGAUGAGAACGCUGUGUAUGUCCAAAAAUUAUGGUUCCUGCUCUCUUAUAGAUGAAAUAAAGACUUCAGCGUCCAGGGUCA